AUGAAGAUUUUUCACACUCUCGUUUUAGGGCUUGCCCAAGCAAACCAGAGAUCAAAAGACUUUUGUAUGAACACAAUUGAGCUUCCAUGCGCAGAGAACGAAAACUGUCCGAGAUGGAAAUGUCCGGAAGGAACAGGGCAUGGAAAAACAUGCGAGCAGUUUUGCUCAAUAACGAACGCAGAAGCUGUUGGAAUACGAACAUGUGUAUGUUAUCGACAAAGUGGUCCUAUAAGACUGUUUAUCGGAUGCAGAUGGGUCGAAAAAAUUGAUGAAACAUGUCCUACUGUGGCUCCUCCUGAACCUGAGCCGAAGCCACUUUCAAAUAUUAUCCGUCGCCGUCCAGUUUACUCAGCUUCGGUUGUCAGAAAAUCAUCCGCUCCAACAAGAGAUGUCACAACGAACAAUGUCAGUAUCUUCCGAGCGAUGGGAGUGCAAAAGCCAACACUUCAUCCACCAACAACCAAAACUACUUCUACGACGACAGUGACACCGGAACACAAUCAACGUGAAACGAAAUAUCCCUCAAUGGCGUCGCUGGGCAUUAAACUUGAAGAUUUCAAGGUUAAUCUGAAGUCUGCGGCUGGUAGUAAUAAUGAGAAGACAUUCGGGAACCGAUCAGAAGCUUAUUCGAACUGCCCGUCUAUUGACGAAGAUUCCAUUUGCGAAAAUGACGGCUUCACUCUGCGCUGUCAUGUCAACUGCAGAAACCGAAAUAAGGUGAACAAAUGCGUCUGCGUAAAUGGCAACUGUAAAUGGAGCUCGACAUGUGGCAUUUUGAAUGGGAGAAGUAGAAUUUCGCCGGAAAAGGAGACAGUUGAUUCGAUAAGGACCAUAAAGAUUCAAGACGGUACAUUUAUCAACUUGAGAGACUUCAUCGACUACAUCUCGACUUGGGUAGAGAAAUAA